GUAAAAUCCAAUAUGGCCACUGGAUUUGAUUUUGCCGCACUUGUGGAAAAUCCAUUUGGAAAUCUAGGAUUUAGCCUUCUCGUGCCUUUGUGAGAUCUUUUCUGAAAUGAAAAAAGAUGAAUCUAAUUGAUCUACCACCAGAAGUACUUCUUACAAUAUUCUUAUAUCUCAGAACAAAAUUUGUAUUAAACACAGUAGCAUGUGUAUGUAAAUUGUUUUAUUACAUUAUUACACCUGAAACAACAUGGAAGACAAGGUUUGGUAAAAUUUGGCCAAAGAGGGUUACAAAUAGUGAUUCAGGUUACAUUUCACCAAGGUGGAAAGAACUUUGUCACCAACAUGAAGAAUUUGAUAAACAUUGGCUUGAGCAUGAAAUGAAGUUUGAUUCAUUUACAAUUAGUCAGGAAUUUCCAAUUGACUCUGUUUUGUUGAUGAAUUCUGGCAAGACAUUGAUAACUGGUUCUAGAGAUAGAAGUAUAUGUGUGAAAGACCUUGAAAACAUCAAGAAUGUUGAGAACCCUUCUGAACUGCAAUCCACUGUCAUUAACAGACAUGAGGGUUGGAUUUGGAGGUUGAUCAGCGAUCCCAUUACACCAGGACAAUUCUGUUCAGGCUCAUGGGAUGGCUACAUCAUGCUAUGGGAUCUUCACAGGACAGAACCGAUUAGUUCCGUUUGUCUCCGCACACCACCAAUUUCAAUGACAUGGAGAAGUAAUGAUAUGAUAGUUGCUGGUUGCUACGACAAGACCGUGCGAAUCAUCGACCCACGAACGUUCUCAGUUGUUAAAAUGUUGAAGAAACAUACACGCUCUGUGCUCUGUCUGCAUGUUGACGAUGACGUCAUUAUAUCUGGUAGCGAAGAUAAAACGUUGUGUAUUUUUGAUAGAAAAGCUGGGAAACAUUUGCAAUCAUUACAGCUUCCAUCCCCGGCAUUUUCAUUGCAUUACUGGGACGAUGGUUACAGUUUAUUACGUGUUGCUGGUCGUAAAAAUAUUUAUUUUGUUGAUUCCACUGAAAACUCGUAUAAUUUGAUCAAGACAAACCCAAACACUGGACAUUCAAAAAGAGUGAAUGAUUUUGUUCAGUUUAAAGGAGGGUUGCUUACCGCGUCUGCUGAUGGAACACUGCAGGUUCAUGAACCGUCUGUAUUAUCACAGACAAGAUUUAUUCUGGAUCAAAGGAAGGCAGAAAUAACAAGAUUGUCUACCUGUUGUGACAUGUUGGCGUCUGCUUCAAGUGAUGGGAGUAUUAGAUUAUGGAAAGUAAAAUAGCGGACAAAUUUUAAUCUCUAUAGAUUUACGUCUAUAGUUUUAAAUUUGAACAACAGUUGUGUCUUAUUGAAGUACCGUUCAUAAUUUAUUGUUGCACAUAGCCGUUGGUACGUUUUGGUACUUUUAUUUAUUGUUUGUAAAAAAACGUUGCAGUAUAUUGUGUGUAUAACGAAAGUUAUUCCGUAUAACGGACAAGUUAGAGCGAUUGAAAAACGUUCCCUCGUGUUCAACAAAUUCAUGCACGAAAGAUGUAAACGUUGGGACGAGGUCAUUAGGUCAAAAAUGAAUAAAUUCAGAGUGAAAUAAGAUACCAAACAUGUAGUGACAUGUUCUAUUCAUUAUAGCUCAGUGGUUCUAUCACACUUGCAUUUCACUUUCGUUUUCAAAGUUGUUUA